AUGCCGUCUCUCACAGGAAAGGUCAAGACCUGGCUCCAGCGCCCCAAGCCCGCAGAAGAGGAGCAAGUCCAAGUCGAGACUCCACUGGAUCCUCAUGCCAUGGAUAUUGCUGCAGAGGCGGUCAAGCGCCUGGAGAAGGGAGACCGCUGGGAGUCUGUCCAAUCGCAAGUUGAUGCUCGGCGCAGGAUGCAUGCCCAGCGUCAGGGCCAUGAUCGUGUGCUGGCCGGUGACUGGCACUUCGGUCCGGACAAGCUGUUGUACCAGCACCCAAAUCCCUACAUCAAGCGCGAGCCCCACAAAGUCCAUAUAAUCCAUGGAACGCGGGAAGAGCUGGACAUGUUGGAGGAGGCUGGCAUGACCAGCCAGAGCGAUGAAGAGUUUGUCGCCUCAUACUUCCCCAAUGAGCCUGUCGUUCAGCGUUUGUUUGCGCAAAAGCUGACCAUUCCUCAGCGUGCCCAUUGUAGAACGCCUCCUCAGGCGCGAGCCACACAUGGCCGCCCAGUUGUGUCCACCUCUCACAAUGGCGAGGAACGAGUUUCUGCCGGCGCUGUGCGUCGACAGCAGACGGUGCCUGCUCGCACCAGCAACCUACCAUCUCUGGAGCGAAGGGAGACACUAGCCGCGCAUGGUAUUCGCCGAAGGAACGCUAUUCGCGUAGGCUCUGCCGGCUCUAGAGGGUGCAUGGAUUAA